UAUGCUUAUCGAUAUGUAUCGAUAGUUUGACACAGUCUGUCUCUGUUGUCGUUAUGUCGUUGUCGGUUGUCUUUUGGCAUACUUUUGGCAUUUUUUGCGAGUGUGUUUUUUUGUUGUGCGAGACAGCGUUCCAUUAAAUUAGAAGAGAAGUAUAAAAUUAAUAAAUUACAGUUUGUGUAAAUUAUGUUCUGAACGACCAACCUAAGCCGCCUUUGAGUGAACGAGAGUAACGAGACUUGAAAGAAAGCAUUAUGCUUACAGUGAUUAGCAAUCGUUGUAGUUUAAGUAAAGCAGUUAUGGCAGGUUCUUCCUCUUCACGUAAACCAGAAGACCUGUUGGUUAAAUUAUUCGGAAACGAUAAAAAUAUCGAUAUUGAAAAAACUACUCAAGAAUACGUUACGGUUAUGAAAAAAAAAUAUAAAAGAGAAAUGCCGGCGGGUGUUUUGAAUUCCUUGGAUGCGCUAGUAAAAGAAUAUACUUUAGAUUUUCGAAUGUGUUUUGAUGUGCAAACCGUUGAUUUCGACGAUACUGCUACCGAAUCUUCCAGCGGUACCGAUUCCCCUCCCGAACCGAAGAAACGAAAAAGACAUGAAAAAUUGUCUAAAGAUGCUGCCGAAAGAUAUAUAAAUCGAUUAAACAAUCGUAUGAGAAAGUUUUUAUUCUAUAAGGAUGGGGAUAAAUGUAUGUUAAACACUGAUUAUUUGAAAAGAUCUUUUGUGCGUCGAUUCAUUCGACAAUCUAAUUUUAGUAAUUCUGAGAUCAAGAAGUGUAUUGUUUUUAUCACGCCGACAGAAGAUAGUUCUUAAUUGUAAGCAAAACGUUGAAUUCCAUGUUCUGAUAAAUUCUCGUUAUAUGUGUAUACAUUUUGUGAUUUUGAAGUCAUCUUAUCAUCGGUUUAUUAGAGAGUCUAAAUUGUAAUGAUUCGUCAGUCUAGUAGGUAAUGCAUUAUUUUUACUACGCAAAACAAUAAUCAUCUUAUGUAAUCAAAAUUUUUUCUUUCUUGUUUUGAUGGUAAGCAAUAAGGCACUCGUACGUUCAAAUCAAUCUGGUUUUCGGUGUACAUUAAAAAAUUAAUUGUUUAUAACUUUUUUAAAUUUUAAGUUGUCGUGGUGCAGUCAAUUUAUUGUCGUUUUUUUACGUGUGCAUGGAUGGAAAAAUAGAUUUGUCAUACAUUGA